AUGUCUCGCUUUAAGAAAACUGUAGCUUUAAAGGUUGUCUCCAAGUCCGGCGCACAACAGCCCGAAAUUCAAGCGGAUAAAAUCCACCGGUUUCCCGUGAUCGUGACGUGGAGUGGAUUAUUGCCCAUGGAUGCCUUCGGCGAGCGGAUUCUGCGAGUAAACCGCUUUCACGAGCGCUUUAACUAUGCCCAUUUUGUAAAUGGGAAGAACAAGGGCAAUUUCGGACGUAACCGAUUGGAACACAUGAAUGAUGAAGCCAAUCAGCUUCUCGACCUUCUAGAAAAUGGCAUCUUUGGUGUACUAUUAAGAGGCGUGCUACAUGCCGUCCAGUUUACUGUCAUUGCGGACGAAGACUCGCCAAAUAAAGUUCUGGAGACUUACACUUUCACCUUCGACAAUCUUUGUGAGCGCGGCACUACAGAUCGCCUAACCAACAGCCCAAGGAUGGAUUUUUUCAGUCCCUAUGAGGAUCGAGCGAGAAUGCGUAAUAUGAUUUUCGAAGGGAAGGCCCUCAUCCGUCCGACGGUUGAAAACAAUCGCAGCUUGGGAAUUCAUGUAUUCUACAAACCGGAAUGCUCCAGAUCCUACGACGUUCCUGGGUUUGCUGAUUUCCAGGACAACACUAUUGAAUACCCACGGACUUCAUACUGGGAGACGACGAGGCGCUUUUACGGAAGUGUCGACAGCGACUUCCACACAUUAAGAGUGAAUUCUCUUCUUUCUACCUCGCCCGAUGGCGAGGGUUUUUUCCCUUCGGUGGAGGAAGCGAACGACGAUAUAAUGCUCCGUUCUGACGAGGUCGGAAUCCCCACGCCUGCUCAAAUGCCGUUGGACGUAGUCGGAGAGAUAUAUGUCUUCUCCGAUGAAAGCACUGCCGGUGCCACCGAUGGUAAAUAUGCGUCUUUGCUUCACUUUGAAAGAGUUAUUAGAUUUUCAAUACUCUCCAAUCAAAUCCACGAUGAUGACUUUUAG